UCUCUUCGGGGACUAACUGCAACGGAGAGACAAAAGAUGAUUCCUUUCUUACCCAUAUUUGCUGUCCUCCUGCUGCUUGUUGUUAACCCUGCAAACGCCAAUGGUUAUUAUGACAAGGUUUUGGCUCAUAGCCGUAUCAGGGGCCGGGAUCAGGGCCCAAACGUCUGUGCCCUUCAACAGAUCCUAGGCACCAAAAAGAAAUACUUCAGCUCUUGUAAGAACUGGUACCAAGGUGCCAUAUGUGGGAAGAAAACGACUGUGUUAUAUGAAUGCUGUCCUGGUUACAUGAGAAUGGAAGGAAUGAAAGGCUGCCCAGCAGUUAUGCCUAUCGACCAUGUUUAUGGAACACUGGGCAUUGUGGGAGCCACUACAACACAGCGUUAUUCUGAUGUCUCAAAACUGAGGGAAGAGAUUGAAGGAAAGGGAUCAUUCACCUACUUCGCCCCCAGUAAUGAGGCUUGGGACAACUUGGAUUCUGAUAUCCGCAGAGGUCUGGAGAGCAAUGUAAAUGUUGAAUUAUUGAAUGCUUUACACAGCCACAUGGUUAAUAAGAGAAUGUUGACCAAGGACUUAAAGAAUGGCAUGAUUAUUCCUUCAAUGUAUAACAAUCUGGGGCUUUUCAUUAACCAUUAUCCUAAUGGCGUUGUCACCGUUAACUGUGCUCGAGUUAUCCAUGGGAAUCAGAUUGCAACAAAUGGAGUUGUACAUGUCAUUGACCGCGUCCUCACACAAAUUGGAACUUCAAUUCAAGACUUCAUUGAAGCAGAAGAUGACCUUUCAUCUUUUAGAGCAGCUGCCAUCACGUCUGACAUACUGGAGACCCUUGGGAGAGAUGGACACUUCACACUCUUUGCUCCCACCAAUGAAGCUUUUGAGAAACUCCCACGUGGUGUGCUGGAGAGGAUCAUGGGGGACAAAGUGGCUUCUGAAGCUCUCAUGAAAUAUCACAUUCUAAAUACUCUCCAGUGUUCUGAGGCUAUUAUGGGAGGAGCCGUCUUUGAAACCAUGGAAGGAAACACAAUUGAGAUAGGCUGUGAAGGUGACAGCAUAACAAUAAAUGGAGUCAAAAUGGUGAACAAAAAAGACAUUGUGACAAACAAUGGUGUGAUCCACUUGAUUGAUGAGGUCCUAAUUCCUGACUCUGCCAAACAAGUGAUUGAGCUGGGUGGAAAACAGCAAACCACUUUCACAGACCUUGUGGCCCAAUUAGGUUUGGCAUCUUCUUUGAAGCCAGAUGGAGAAUACACUUUGCUGGCACCUGUGAAUAAUGCAUUUUCUGAUGAUACUCUGAGCAUGGAUCAGCGCCUUCUCAAAUUAAUUCUGCAGAAUCACAUAUUGAAAGUAAAAGUUGGCCUUAAUGAGCUUUACAAUGGACAAAUAUUGGAGACAAUUGGAGGCAAAAAGCUCAGAGUCUUCGUAUAUCGUACAGGUGUCUGCAUUGAAAAUUCAUGCAUGGUGAGAGGAAGCAAGCAAGGAAGAAAUGGUGCUAUUCACAUAUUCCGAGAGAUCAUCAAACCAGCAGAGAAAUCUCUCCAUGAAAAACUGAAGCAGGAUAAGCGCUUUAGCAUCUUCCUCAGCCUUCUCGAAGCUGCAGAUUUGAAGGACCUCCUGACACAACCUGGAGAUUGGACCUUAUUUGCACCAACCAAUGAUGCCUUUAAGGAACUGACUAAUGAAGAAAAAGAAAUUCUGAUUCGGGACAAGAAUGCUCUUCAAAACAUCAUCCUUUAUCACCUUACACCAGGAGUGUUCAUUGGAAAGGGAUUUGAACCUGGCGUUACUAACAUUCUAAAGACCACACAAGGAAGCAAAAUCUACCUGAAAGGAGUAAAUGAUACACUUCUGGUGAAUGAAUUGAAAUCCAAGGAAUCGGACAUCAUGACAACAAAUGGGGUCAUUCAUGUUGUAGAUAAACUCCUCUAUCCAGCAGACAUACCCAUCGGAAAUGAUCAGCUGCUGGAAAUACUUAAUAAACUGAUCAAAUACAUCCAAAUUAAGUUUGUUCGUGGUAGUACCUUCAAAGAAAUACCCAUGACUGUCUAUACAACUAAAAUUAUAACCAAAGUUGUGGAACCAAAAAUUAAAGUGAUUCAAGGCAGUCUUCAGCCUAUUAUCAAAACUGAAGGACCCAAAAUAACCAAGGUCAACAUUGAAGAGGAUCCUGAAUUCAAAGUGAUUACAGAAGGUGAAACUGUAACUGAAGUGAUCCAUGGAGAGCCAAUUAUUAAGAAGUACACCAAAAUCAUUGAUGGAGUGCCUGUGGAAAUAACCGAAAAAGAGACACGUGAAGAACGAAUUAUUACAGGGCCUGAAAUAAAAUACACUAGGAUUUCUACUGGUGGUGGAGAAACAGAGGAAACCCUCAAGAAGCUGUUGCAGGAAGAGGUCACCAAGGUCACCAAAUUCAUUGAAGGUGGUGAUGGUCAUUUAUUUGAAGAUGAAGACAUUAAAAGACUGCUUCAGGGAGACACACCUGUGAGGAAAAUACAAGCCAACAAAAGGGUUCAGGGAUCCAGAAGACGAUCAAGAGAAGGUCGUUCUCAGUGAAAAUCGGAACACCAGACACCAAGUUUAUACCACCCUAAGUCAAUAACCUGACCUUAAAAGAAAAUUAUCAGAGCCAUGUUGACUUCAGGAACUGAAAAAUCAGCACAAAGGAAAAAUCAUCCAACAAUUUUGAACAAUUUUAAUAUUAUUUUCCGAAUGAGAAACAUAAGGGAAAGUGUGAGAUUAGGCUGCUGUGAGUUAGGAACUGAAAGAAGCAUAGCAAACUGUGGCUUUUCAACUUGACAUUAAAGGUUGACACUAACUCUUGAAUCCAUCAAGGAAAAUCCCUGUUACUACAUUCAUUACAUUUCAAAGCGUGGAGCUUAUCCCAUUGAGAACACUGAGUCUUGAAUGUUUGUAAUGGAUAAAUAAAAUGCAUGCAAGCAGUUACCUCUCCAUGGGAAACUAGAUUUAAAAAAAUGGGUGCUCAGAAUAAAACAAAAAAUCUUUUAGGUCAAAAGGCUUUGCACAUUUCUAAUACAACGUGGGUUUACUGGUAAAUUAUGUUAUUUUUGCAGUUAAUUUUAUACUCUUAAAAUGUUUGUCAUAUACUUCUUGCAAUACAUAUUUUUUAUCUCAAACAUUUCAAUAAAACCGUUUUUAGGUAUAAAGAGAAUUACUUCAGAUUGGGUAAUUCAGAAAACUCAAAGUUUAAAAAAGAGUGGUUUGGACUUGGGAACAGACUUUAUACCUCUUUUAUUGUAAUGAGUAUUCAUUAA